AUGCGAUCUGUACCAGUCUACUUCCUAUGGUCCACACUGUUCUUCACCCUUUCGUUGGCGAAGAUAAAUUCUAUUACCGUCUCUGAGGAUACCGCCAUUCCAGGGCAAAACAUCAGUGUGAUCGUUAGCUCGCAGAGCUACAUACAGAACUGGGACGACUUUGGGAUCGUAUGGGGUCUGUUGGGCAGUAACAGUCAAAAUUGUACAGAAUGUUUGGGUAUGGAAAUUGGUUAUGAAAACGUGUACGGUAACAACACUCUCGGCAACACGACUUACUCGGUCCAAUUGCCCAACACUACCACUGGAAACUACUACCUCAAAGCAGCUGUACCAUACUUGGUAGGGGCUUCUGGAGAGACCGGUAUAAACUAUUUCAACCAAUCUCUCAACCUCGUAUCCAAUGCCAAGAUGAGAGUCUAG